CUUCUCUCUGAAGCCAUAUUGUGACUUCUUCUCCUUUAUGUGAUUUGAAAUUCUUUACAGGGCUGAAGAUUAAAAUGGUAGAUUUUAUACUGUUUGACAAAUUCAGUGAACAGCCAGUUUGUUAGAAGAGGUUUCCAUGGCAGAAACUCCAGAGAUUAGAAAGGAGGGGUGUGGACUGGUGGGAGCAAUUUUGCAACGUGGGGUGUUGAAGCCAAGAAAGACAUCAGAGUCGCCAAUUCCUCGGGACAGCAGCAAGAGAACACCUGUAAAGUUUCUGAGGUUUUAUGCUUCAAAGAGGCAAAGAGGCAGCUCGGACGAAAAUGAUAUGGCAGCCGCCAUGGACUCCUCAAUUGUAGCUAAACCUCCUCUGAAGCUAGCUGAAAAAGCACCGCGAAAACCGAGCAUGGACAGCACAAUGUUUUCCACCGCACAAGGCCACAGAACUGGACAUUCUAGUAAAAGCUCAAUGUCAUUUGUCAACAAUUCAAGUAUGAUCAGUACCUCGCAAGUAGUGAAUUCUGAGUACACUCGGAUGUUAAGGAGGGAACCAACCUUCACUUCAAGCGAGUUUAGUGUGACAAGUCACAGGAAAUCCAAUGUCAGUAGCAAAGGACAUCUGUAUCGUGCGUCUACAGGCAGUGUUAUGCUUGUAGGCCAUUUGGGAAACUUGAAGCAGAAAGGACACAAUAAAUCAUUGAGUGAUUCUGCGAAUUCUAGGACUGUUCAGAAGGGAAAUCUUAGUGGUAAAUUUGCCCCGGCCACAGCUGCAAUGGGGAACAUUCUGAAGAAGCCAACUGAAAGGAACCAUACUUCUGGUUCGUUGAAUAAGUUGGACCCUGAGGCACUGAAAUGUCUUGGUAAUGAGAAGUACCAGGAGGGAAAGUUCGAGGAGGCAUUGGACCUGUACAAUCAAGCAAUUGCUAUUGAUCCAAGCAAGGCAUCUUUCUAUAGCAACAAGAGUGCUGCUUUGAUGAGUUUAGGCAAUCUCAUUGAGGCAGUUUUUGAGUGUCAAGAGGCCAUCCGACUGGAUCCUUCGUAUCAUAAUGCUCAUUAUCGUUUGGCAAGAUUGUUUAUCAGAUUGGGAGAAGCAGGGAAAGCCAUAGAUCACUUCGAGAAAUCAGGGCGCAAGGCCAGCAGUAAGGACAUUUCCAAUGCUGAGAAUCUUGAGACACACCUAAAUAGGUGCUCCGGAGCUCGGAGACGAAAGGAUUGGGAGACAUUGCUCAAUCACAGUCAGGCUGCAAUAUUAAUGGGUGCAGAUUCAGCACCACAGAUCUAUGCUAUGCAAGCAGAGGCCUUGAUGGAGCUCUGCAGGGACGACGAGGCAUACAAAGUUAAUGAUGAAGGACCUGAUUUUGACAUUGAACUUCAUACUAGGUUUCUUGGCUCAGCUGAAACUGCUAAGUUAUUGGUAGUUCGAUCUAAGAUCUUCAUGGCUGCAGGCAGGUUUGAGGAUGCUGUGGCUGCUGCAAGACACGCAGCACGACUUGAUUCCAGUGAUGAUGUGAAAUCACUUGUAAAGAAGGUUGAUUUUGUUGCAUCAACACGGAUAAAGGGAAACAGGCUUUUCAAUGCAUCAAGGUAUGCUGAGGCUUCUCUUGCAUAUACUUCAGCACUAGAGGAAGUGCCAUACAACUCUGUCUUGCUUUGCAAUAGAGCAGCUUGCCGAUCUAAACUGGGACAAUAUGAGAAAGCAGUUGAAGAUUGUACAGAGGCCCUUAAAGUGCGACCUUCGUAUAGCAAAGCCAGGUUGCGAAGGGCGGAUAGCAACGCUAAGCUUGAAAGAUGGGAGGCAGCACUGGAAGAUUAUGAGACGCUGAUGCACGUAGUUCCCGGGGAUGAGGAGGUAACAAAGGGAUUCCAAGAAGCAAGAAAGCAGGUGAAAAAGCAGCACAACUAUGAGGUAGAAAAGCCAAGAACCAGUUCUGAUUUGAAGUCAGUCAUUAGCAACAAGCCAGUGGGAAAAAUUCUCACAGCAGCCGAGUUCUAUGGUAGUAGUACCAGCUUCAAGCUCUCAAAUGGGAUUGAUUUUGAUACCAGCAGUGGAGCAAAUUGUGCUGCUGCUACUAGUACUACUGAAUUCGGCCGCUCUGUGACAACCUUGAGAGAAAUUUUCACCCAUUAACCAUGAAAAAGGUUCUGGAUGCUAAGAGAAUCCAAUACAUGAGCAAUUUAGAAACUGUGGAGAUUAAAGAAGUAAAGGAAACCGUCAGACAUUAAGUGGAAGUUUGUAUAUAUUUCCUCAAUUUUUUUUUUUUUUUUUUGGGUGUGUAUCUUUUCACCUUGAGUACACUUUCAUGUCUUCUAUUCUAUUC